CGGUUCGCUCUUUUUCCGAUACUUUUCAGUUUUCUUCGUCUCUGGUAAACAACGUUCUCGUCCCUACGGUUUGAAAGACCAGCACUGCAGGAAGCUGUCGAUCUCCAAUCCUCACUCUGAUGGCGUCUAAGUUUGGGUUAGCCGGUGGUAUUCCCGAGCGAAGGGUACGGCCCAUUUGGGACGCCAUUGAUUCACGGCAGUUCAAGAACGCUUUCAAGCACGUUACUGCGCUUCUUGCUAAGCAUCCUAAUUCACCUUAUGCACUUGCACUCAAAGCGCUCAUUUUGGAAAGAAUGGGUAAACCUGACGAAGCAUUCUCUGUUUGCUUGAAUGCCAAAGAGCUUUUGUUUACAAAUGAUUCUCUUUUGAUGGAUGAUCUCACUCUUAGUACGCUUCAGAUUGUGUUUCAGCGAUUAGAUCACUUGGAUUUGGCUGCCAGCUGCUAUGAGCACGCCUGUAGUAAAUUCCCAACUAAUCUGGAACUGAUGAUGGGACUAUUUAACUGCUAUGUUCGUGAGUACUCAUUUGUGAAGCAACAACAGACAGCUAUCAAGAUGUAUAAACUAGUUGGAGAAGAAAGGUUUCUGCUUUGGGCAGUUUGUAGCAUCCAGUUACAGGUGCUCUGUGGCAAUGGAGGAGAGAAACUGUUACUUUUAGCUGAAGGUCUACUCAAGAAACAUGUUGCUUCACAUGGCUUGCAUGAGCCUGAUGCUCUUAUUGUCUACAUUUCCAUUUUGGAACAGCAAGCCAAGUUUGGGGAUGCUUUAGAAAUUCUCUCAGGGAAUUUAGGAUCAUUGUUGAUGAUUGAAGUCGAAAAGCUACGGAUACAGGGAAGACUUCUUGCCAGGGCAGGUGACCAUGCCGCUGCUGCAGCUAUUUUUAAGAAAAUUCUAGAGACUUGCCCAGAUGAUUGGAUGUCCUACCUUCAUUACCUGGGCUGCUUGCUGGAAGAUGACAGCAUAUGGUGUGAUGAGGCUGUUAAGGAUCCAGUUCAUCCGUCAAGGUUUAUUAAUUGCAAGGUCUCCCACUUGACAGAUGAAGAGUUUGAUAGUCAAGUAUCAAAUGCGUCGGCUUUUAUACAAAAGUUACAAGCAGAUACUGCUAAUAACUCUCUAAGGGGUCCAUACUUAGCAUCUAUAGAAGUUGAAAGAAGGAAGCUUUUGCGUGAGAAGGGGAAUGAUGACUACUUAAUGGAUGCCAUUGUGCAAUAUUUUUGCAGGUUUGGUCACUUGCCCUGCUUUACUAGUGACGUUGAGAUGUUUAUUGAAGUACUCAAUCCCAAUAAGAAGAUGGAACUUUUGGAGAAGUUAAAGAAAAAUUCUGAUCCCUUGACAACCGUGCCAGCAAAGAAUCUUGGGCGAUCUCUUUCCUUUUUCAAGAUCCAACAAUUAUUGAUGGGUGACAUGUUUGAGUCUUCAUUAAGUGAGCUUGAAGUCUGCUGUGUACAAAUGGCUGAAGUAUAUUGCAAAAGUGUUGCUUUUUCUAAGGACUUGGAUCCGCAGGAGAGCAUGCAGGGUGAGGAGCUGCUUUUAUUAAUUUGUAAUUUGUUGGUUCAGUUAUUCUGGCGCACUAAAAAUGUCGGUUAUUUAGUAGAGGCUAUUAUGGUUUUGGAGUUUGGCUUGGCAAUACGAAGAUAUGUUUGGCAGUACAAGAUCUUGCUGUUGCACCUCUAUUCUUAUAUAGGCGCUCUUUCUGUGGCAUAUGAAUGGUAUAAAUCAUUGGAUGUAAAGAAUAUUUUGAUGGAAACCCUUUCGCACCAUAUAUAUCCUCAGAUGUUGGUGUCUCCGCUGUGGACAGAACUAGACGGUCUGCUGAAGGAUUACCUCAAGUUUAUGGAUGACUAUUUAAGAGAAUCUGCUGAUCUAACAUUUCAUGCAUAUCGCCACAGAAAUUACUCAAAAGUGAUUGAGUUUGUGCAGUUUAAAGAACAGUUGCAACGCUCUAGUCAGUAUCUAGUGGCUAGGGUUGAAGCGCCUAUUCUGCAGCUAAAGCAGAAUUCAGAUAAUAUUGAAGAAGAGGAGGGUGUCCUCAAAAGCUUGAAAUGUGGAAUUCCGUUCCUUGAGCUCUCUAAUGAGAUUGGAUCAAAGUCUCUGACCUUCCUUGAAGACUUGCAAUCACGACCUUGGUGGACGCCGACGUCGGAGAAAAAUUUUCUUCUCGGACCAUUUGAAGGGAUUUCUUUUUGUCCUAGAAGAAUCUCGAUGAAUGAAAGGGAGACGAGUUGCAAGAGAGUGAUUGAGAAAAGAUCCCUAGUUCCUCGAAUGAUAUAUCUCUCUAUUCAAAGUGCUUCAGCAUCUAUGAAGGAGAAUGUUGAGGUCAAUGGUUCUGUUCCAACGAAAAUCUCCUCAGAGUUGAAAUUGUUGCUUGAGCGCUAUGCUCAAUUGUUGGGCUUUUCUCUUCGUGAAGCGGUGGAUGUGAUCAUGGAUUUUCCAGGUGGUGAAAGGUUUUCUGAGGUUUUUGGCCCCAACUUGAUAGACUGGUUAAAUUUCACGGUAUUCUUAAACGCAUGGAAUUUGAAUUCCCGUGAAUUGGUGCAGCCGGAUGGAAAUGGAAAUAGGCCCCAUACUUGGAAUAUCUUAGAUUCUUUGCUGGAGAAGUACAUUUUAGAGAAGGUGAAGAGCAUGGAGUCUGAAAUCUGUUCUUCUUGGGGUGAUGUUCAGCUUCUUAUACAGAUAGUUACAGAACCUUUAGCCUGGUAUGGACUCAUAAUCCAGUCUUGUCUGAGAUCAUGUCUUCCUUCAGGUAAAAAGAAAAAGAAGAGUGGAUCAGUAGAUCAUUCCAGCUCUAGUUUAGUUCAUACAAUCACCAAUUCUGUGCAGCAUUUGUCUAGUAUGGUAGAGGAGAUCAUGAAAUGGAUAAGGGAAUGGAAAAACACUCCUGAGGAUAAGAAUGUGGAGUACAUUAUAUCCUCUUUUAGAAACAAUGAGCAGAAUGAUGGGCCGGGGCAAAUAUUUCGCACUUUGGACUCAUUUUUUCACUCCAAAGAUGGUGCAGAACUCGGUGAUCGGAUCUCCCAAUCACUUGAGUCCUGGAGCCCUGCUGAUGUAGCAAGGAAAAUGGUGACUGGGAAGCAUGAAGUACUGAUGGAAUUUUCUAAGAUCUGUGAGUUAAAACUCAGGUCAUUACGAUCAAUGAAACAGCAGAUAGCCCAACUCUGAGGAAACAUCAUCAAUUAACUGGUCUCGAGGUUACUUGUUUUCAGCUUGAUAGAUGUCUCUUGUAUCACUGGAAAAUACCCACCAAUGUUAGUCUGAUAGUUAGGAAAGCCGAGCUUUAGUUAUUUUUUCGUUUUUUGGUUAUCUCAUUAGUUUGAUCUAGGAGAUACUUGUCAGAGAGUUCUGUGAAACAGCUUCACUGUUUUCUGCAAUUUAGCAGCUUCUGUUUUGUUUCAUUUUCGUGUAAAAUUCUCUGUUGGACUAGGGUUUAAACUAAGCAAUCAUUUUUUUCAAGGAAUUUUGGCGAUGUAUUAUUGGUUUUGAUUGGCUUAAAUGAAACUUGGGAUUUUUCAAACU